AAAAUUGGGCUUAUAGUAUCAUUUUUAGAUCUUCAAAUUAAAAAUUUAAAAUUUCUUAAUGACAAAACUAUAAAAGCAACAAUAAUUAAUAAAGUACAAGCACUUUGUACUGAGGAAGAAGAUUAUCAACCUAUAGUUGAACCUAAUGAAUCAUUUAUGUCAAUUUCUGAACCUAAGACAACUAAUAGUUUAAUUUUAGCAUUAUAUAAUAGUAAAGAAUUAGAUGACUAA